CCUCACUCUCGUCGUCAUCAUGUCUGUCCAACUUUUUACUUAUGAGGAGGUUUCUACCCACAACACUCGUGAUGACCUUUAUAUGAUCAUCAACAACAAGGUUUACGAUAUCACCAAGUUUGUUGAAGAGCAUCCUGGAGGUGAGGAAGUUUUGGUUGAUGAAGGUGCCAAGGAUGCAACAGCCUCAUUCAAUGACAUUGGUCACUCUCCCGAGGCCAGUGAGAUGCUUGAGAAGUACUACAUAGGCGAUGUUGACCCUUCGUCCGCACCUGUCAAAGGUGGUGCAUCCAACAGCAACGGAGAAAAAAGUGUCAGUGCUUCUCCCCAAGGAAACCCUCUUCGAAUUAUUAUUCCCUUGUCUAUUAUCCUUGGCUACCUCUAUUUCCGCUUCUUUGUAAAGUCAGCAUAAUUAUUAUAGCUGUAUCUACAAAGUUCAUUUUCGUUUUCGUUUUCUUUUCUUUUUUUUUUGGCGUGUAUUUAUGUAUCAAAUAUAUUAUGCUCACCUCUUGUUAGAUUACCAAGCUGUGGCUGCUAUUAUUUAUUAUUUACUUU